UUUUUUUCCUUUCCCAACCUCCCACCAAAGUGCAGACCCUGUGUCUAGUCGCACGCGCAGACAGAUGUAAAGCGACUGCGCUCUUUCAUCUAGGCACAUGUCCAGCCGGAGCGCCGCCUUCGAUUUGGGUGGGCUUGACGACGAUCCAGCUCUUCGAGAAACCAUACUUGCUCAUCUGCGCGAGAACUUUGGCCGGAUGACUUCCUCAACAUCGACAGCCACUCCCUUCCAGCAUGUGUUCGACAAACGAGUGGCCGACGUCAAGGCGCCCAAGAGCGACAUUAACGCGUUGGUCCUUGACUACCUGAUAAUGGAAGGGUACCCAAAGGCGGCAGCAUACUUCUCCAAAGAAGCAAAUAUACAGCCCCAAAGCGAGGAUCGGUCCAUCCAAGCACGGCAGGAGAUACUGCACGCCAUCCACAGUGGCGACAUCGAGACCGCCAUAACGGCCUUGAACGAGCUAGACGCAGAGUUACUGGAUAGCAACCCCGAGCUCCAUUUCCAGCUGCUGCGGCAGCAGCUGGUGGAGCUGAUCCGGCAGUGCAACAGCGGGGAUGUCACUCCGGCUGUGGAGUUUGCAACCAAAAAGCUAGGUCCGCGGGCAGCCACAAACCGCGAUUUCCUGCAUGAUCUUGAACAGACCAUGGUACUCAUAUUCUUUCCGCACGACAAACUGCAGCCGGAGCUUGCGGCCCUGCUCAGCCCAGAUCUUCGCCGGAGCACAGCGGCCAAGGUCAACGAGGCGUUGAACCUUCGGCAGCACGAGCGCGCGCAAGCCGCCAUCAGAUCGCUCCUCCGCAUGCGGACUUGGGCCGAAAACUCGGCUAGGGCGAAGAAGGUCGACCUUCCAGUGUCAAUUGAGCUGGGUCUCAAUGGGGAAAACACAGACUACCAUGACGGUGGCGAUGAGCCCAUGAUUACGACGUGAACCAGUUACUGGCGACGAAUUAAUGGACUCGGGAGAAGAUAUAUCCAUUGGCUUUCUGGCGUUAGGGACGGUAGCGGGAAUUUAAAUGUGGCUACGAGGGUCGGGUCCUGGGAGCAGCAUGAGGGCGUUUUCACGGGAUAUUGGGUCGACUGGUUAGGGUUUGGAGCAUUGAUGAUGACUUUACGCGGCUCAAGUUGCGUCUGAAACGGGACUUUACACGGUACAGCGUGCAAUAUAGUUAGAGCUCUCUCUCGCGAAAGAAACUUGCAGUGCGCGACAUUCUUCCGAAGCUGUUGACAGCAUGGCAUUCUAUCGACGCAGUCUUCUGCCCCACGUAUGUACAAUGCAAAUCCCAGCUCAU